AUGAAGGAAUCUCCCCACGAAGAAGUAUUUCAUCUCGAAGCGAUUGAUUUCUUUUUAUACGGACGUGUUGCGACUGCUCGCUAUCGGUCGACGAGCUCGCUUGAGAUGUCGAAGAAUACGGAAACAGCUACUUCUGAGCAGUCGAAAAAGGAGACAACGAGCAAACCGGAGCGGGAAUCAAGUAAAUUCGGUGAGCUGCCUUUGACGUUAAGUGAACGAUUGGAGAAGCUGGAUAAAGAUGAUUACCUGAACCGUUCACCGGACGACCCGCGAUGGUUUGACCGAAAGUACAAUCGGAAACAAACCGGUUUCGCCCCCGACGGACCGCUUUGGACAGCUCCGAUGGAUGCUCGCUAUCAGCAAAUAAAGAUGGGACGCCACUGCACUGAUUAUUAUGAGGAUUAUUACCGGUGCAUCAAUUUACUAGGUGAAGACUACAAACCGUGCAAAUUCUUUUACAACACUUUCAUGGAUCUUUGUCCAUCAUCGUGGAUACAGAAAUUUGAUGAAUGGAGAGAAGAAGGCGUGUAUCCGGGUCAUUUCGAUCGUUAG